CACCCACCAGUCGGCUUUCUAACCAGCACUCGUCACUCAAAAAAGGGAACUCAAAUGCUAAGUGGCGACCGUCAGUGACUAGCUGAUUCUUGGCUAGCUACUGUACAGAGGUCAUCUGGACUUUGAUCACAAUGGGGGUGAAAGACCGCCCUCAGUGUUACUUUGAUGUGGAGCUCAACCGGGAGCCAAUUGGGCGUAUAGUCUUUCAGCUUUUUUCGGAUAUUUGUCCCAAGACCAGCAAAAACUUCCUCUGUUUGUGCACUGGUGAAAGAGGAACUGGGAAAGUCACAAGGAAAAAGCUGUGCUACAAAGGCUCCACGUUUCACCGAGUUGUAAAAAACUUUAUGAUUCAGGGAGGCGACUUUACUGAAGGAAAUGGAAGAGGAGGGGAAUCCAUAUAUGGAGGCUACUUUGAAGAUGAGAACUUCACUCUCAAACACGACAGAGCCUUCCUGCUGUCGAUGGCCAAUCGUGGGAAGGACACCAACGGCUCACAGUUUUUUAUCACAACUAAGAUGGCGCCUCAUCUUGAUGGAGUCCACGUCGUCUUUGGUCUGGUCAUCUCCGGAUUUGAAGUGAUAAAGAAGAUUGAGGGGCUGAAGACUGAUUCUGCCAGCAGACCGUACGCUGACGUGAGAGUGAUCGACUGUGGUCAGCUGAUCACCAAGUCUGCAAACGAUGUGCUAGAAGGCAAGCGGAAAAGAACUUCCCAUUCUGCUGACUCGUCCCUGAGCUCCCAUGACUCGUUCUCCCAGUUCUCCUCAGUGGAGUCUGAAAGUGAACUUGAUGAAAAGCACAGGCGUUACAAGCAAAAGAGACAUUCGAAAAGUAAACGGCCUAAAAAGAAAAGGAGACUGUCAAGGAAGGACAAAGAUGCAGAUAGUCUGCCUUCCAAGCAAAGCCCUGUGGGAAGAGAGCUACGAGCGGGAGAGAACGAGGUGGAAGAAGAGAGGGAGCUGGGUGGGAAGAGAGAGAAGCCCGUUGUUCGGCCAGAGGAAAUACCACCUGUGCCAGAAAACCGCUUCCUGCUGCGACGGGACAUGCCAUCUCAGGAAGAUAAAGCAGAAAUAGUUAAAAAAGAAGAAGCAACUCUUCCAGCUGACCCGAAACCAGCUGUAUCCAAGUCUGGACGGAAGAUCAGAGGCAGAGGAACGAUACGGUAUCACACUCCUACGAGGUCUAAAUCACGCUCUGCAUCUGUAGAGGAGCGUGGAAGCAGUGAAACUCCACCGCACUGGAAAGAAGAAAUGAAGAGAACCAAAAUUUAUCAACCCCCAAGCAUCGAGCGAUGGAGCAAAGGAGACAAAUUGAAUGACCAUUCCUCAAGCAGAUGGGACAACAGAAGCGACUCUGCGUGGUCCCAGUCUGCAGAGCACUCCUCAGACCACAGCUCGGAGAGGUCCAGCCAGCGCUGCCAACAGAAGAAGGCGAAGAAGAAAUCUAAACACAAGAAAAAGGCCAAAAAGCGGAAACAUAACAAGAAGAAGAGUUCCAAGAGCAAACAUCAAAACCAGUCAGAUGGAGAAAGGUCUGUGUCUUCAGAGAAAGGGUUCAGAAAAUCUCGUUCGCUAACUCGUUCUUCUUCGAGUCAACACCACUCUUCAAACAGAAGGAGACGCCGAUCCUCGGGGUCAUACGGAGAUUCCCGAUCCUACUCUAAGUCAUACACAUCCAGUCGAUCCAGAUCUCAAGGAAGGUCCCUGUCUUACUCAAGAUCUAGAAGCCGGUCUGGAUCUAGAGGGCGAUCUUUCUCUAGAUCUAGGUCUUGGUCCCAUUCUCACUCCCGGUCUAAAUCAAGGUACAGAUCCAGAUCUUUGACGCCACCCAGAAAAAGGAGUUUUUCCAGAUCUCCGAGAAAGAAAAAAACAAGCAAACCAGACGCCAUGAUCCCUGUGAGUGAGAAGCUUCAAGAGAGCAAAGUCGCACCUGUCCCCAGACUGCCAGCUGUCCCGGCUCCUGAAAGUGUCCCUGUGAUCCCAUUGAGCGACAGUCCACCUCCCUCUCGCUGGAAACCGGGUCAGAAACCAUGGAAACCCUCCUACAUCCAUAUUCAGGAAAUUAAAGCUAAAGUAGCUCCCAGCAACAUUUCCUCCACUGGGCAAGCAGUCGAUAGCGCAGCAGAUAAAGCUCAGACUUCAGCUACGCCAAAGUCUCUGCCAGGUGACUCUGAAGACAACACAGCACAAAAACCUUCACGGCUCUCACGCAGCAGGUCAUCCAAGAGUAGAUCUUACAGCCGUUCUUAUAGUCGCUCACGGAGUCGGAGUUACAGUAGGUCCAGGUCCAGGUCCGCUCACCGGCACAAGAGCAGGUCAUCGUCCUACAGCAGAUCAGAGUCUGAAAAGUCCCCAAAAACAAGUAACGCAAAGAAGGAGUCACUAGACAAGGAGUGGAAGGAGUACUACAGUUCUCUGAGCAGAGUAAAGAAUUUGGAUAAGUUAAUUUCAGUAAGCCUUAGUCAAGAUGGUCACUCAGGAUCGGAGAACAGGACAGACAGUGAGCGCAGCCCUGGUGUCAUUGGCUCUGUGGAGCAAAUAAAAGACAAGGGAAGCUCAGAGGAUCUGGAGACGAAGCAUUGCAGUUCAGUGCCAGCAGAGACUUUUAAUAACAGGUCUGAAUGGGACAGUGACAGUGAUAAGGUGAGCCAGAGCAACAGCGCUAUCCCAUUGAAAAUGCAGAUAAGGGUGGCUCAGUAUGCCGAGUCUCUGGAAAAGAAGUUAUCUUCUAUCUCUGGAUGGAAUUCAGAAAGUGACUCUGAAAAUUUAGCAGCCAGGACAUUAGCUAUUUCUGAAAAAGAGGAAGGGGAAGCUAGUUCAGAAUCGGAUUAUGAGAUUUCCAGAAAAACAUCUGAUGGAGGGAAUGCUCCGGCAGCUUCUGGUCAGUCAGAGGAAAGCCCAGAGAAAGCAGCAGAGCCAGAGAAGCACAAGAGCAAGAAGAAAGCUAAACGUAAGCAUAAACAUAAGAGGAGAAGUGAGAAUAAAGGCAGUUCCCACCACAGUAAGGACAAGACCAAGAAGACUAAGCGAAAACAUCAGAAGCUGAAAGAGACUUUUCACUGGCAACCACCUUUAGAGUUUGAAGAGGAGGAAGAAGAAGACGAAUCCAAAAGGGAAAGACAUAGUCCUGGAAGAGUUGUUAAAAAAAGUGCUGAUGUUAAUAACCUCAAUGCAAAGGACCAAACUGCAAGCUGUAAUCCUACUAAAGAAGAAGAAAGGGGGCAACAGAGGACAAAAGAAGGUAUCAACAAAAAUGCAAAACACACUGAACCUCAUUUAGAGUCAUCCAACAGGAAUAGCGCCAGCGAUUCUCACUGGCCAAGUGUCCAGGAGCUGGAGACAUUAGAUGACAUGGACAUUUGUACUCCGGAGCAUGAUGCUGAAAUUGUUGAAUCUUCAGUCUCGUGUCAUCCUCACAACAGCGUUCCUAAAAUAACCCUAAAAUCUACCUCAAACUCUUCUGAGGUGGAAAACAAUGACACUGCUUUAUCUCAUAGCAAAGAACAGUUUGCCGUUAGUUCCACAACAACAGCUGGCGGAUCGCAAGACAAAGGAACCGCUGGCAAGCCUGCUGCCACUGUAAUCAAUUUAAAAUGGAGGCCACUGAAAGGAACGUCAGCUGUACAGACUGUGAAUGCUCCCCCUGUCACUGUGAAAAAUGUCCAGGCUCAAGAGAACCAGACCGGCAACAUGCAGGGAGUGAGAAUGGAGAUAAAAAGCAAAAGCCGGGUCCGACCGGGAUCUCUGUUUGAUGAGGUCCGUAAGACCGCGCGGCUCAACCAGAGACCGAGAAACCAGGAGAGCUCCAGUGAAGAGAGAUCCCCCUCUGUGGGAAAUGCAAAGGGAACACGGUCUCCAAAGACGUCCAGGUCCUUGUCUAGAAAAUCCCGCUCUGUUUCCAGUCACCGGUCACGCUCCCGGGGGUGGUCCCACUCCUACAGCAGGUCCAGGAGCAGAUCCCGCAGCUCCAGCUCCUCCUCCAGGAGCCGUAGCCGGAGUUGGAGGAGACGUGGGAGAGGACGAUCUCGCUCUCGCAGCACCACGUACCGCAGUUACAGGAGUCACAGCCGGACGUACAAUAGAAGUCAUUCCAGAAGCCGCUCAUAUAUUCGCCGGAGAAGAUCCAGGUCAGACUCCUAUGACAGCUAUUCCAGUCGGAGUCGGAGUGUGAGCAGGAGACGAGGGCGCAGGCGAAGUGACAGCUACAGGAGCUCAGACCGCCGAUCGCGGUCGUAUGGCUCGUCCAGUCGCAGUUCUUCUAGGCGCAGGAGCCACAGUCGCAGCAGUCGCUACAGCUGAGCUGCGCCUUAAGGCAGCCUGCUGGUUUACACCCGAUGACAAGGAUCAGAACCACAAAGUCUGGACAAUGUCAUAUAUUCAAAGAUCAGCUCCUAAAGCUCUAAGAGGAAGAAUUAAAUCCAGUCUUAUGGUCAGUUUAACAUGGUUGUGUAUGUCCACCUGGCACAAGCUGGCAUUAUAAUUACUGAGGAAAUGAAUGUAAAUUUAUAAACCACUUUACAAGCUGAUACAAAGGCCUCCUUUUUGGGGCUGUCACAACAAGUGGCUGAAAAUCUGCCAACACAGUCCAUCAAACAGAAAGUUUGAAAGUGAAAUAUACUUAAUACUAAUAUUAUGACAAAUAUGCUCUAAAUAAUUAAAUAAUUUUAUAUUCAUGGAUUGUGUUUUCUACUUCUUUUAUACACUGAAGUUGUUACAGUUUAAGAGUCUAAUCGUCUCAGUCUUGAUGUGUUUUUGAGGUUUUGCAUUAAGCUUUGAAAGUUUUCCUAAAGUCAUCACUGAAUGGAAUAAUUUGUUUUUAUAACUAUUUUUUUUUCAGUGCUUUUAUUUUAUUGUAUCAUGAAUGUUCAAACUAAACUCAAAGUAUGGUACCACAGAUGUAGGUUUAUUCAGUUCUAAAUGUUUACAUUUAAUAAAUACCAACACAUCUUGAA